UGUCACGUGACUGUCUCAUUGUAUCCUAGUAUGAGAAAAACGCUACACGAGCUACUUUUAGUCAAGCAAGCAGCAAGCUCAAUGGCACUACGAGACGAACUUUUAAAGCCAAUAUGGCAUGCGUUCACAGCGCUGGACCUGGACAAAAGUGGGAAAGUGUCCAAAUCACAGUUAAAGGUGCUCUCGCAUAACUUGUGCACUGUGAUGAGGAUCCCCCAUGACCCGGUGGCCCUUGAAGAGCACUUCAAACAUGACGACGAAGGCCCUGUCUCCACUCAGGGCUACAUGCCCUACUUGAACAAGUUCAUUUUGGACAAGGUCCAGGACAACUUUGACCGGCAGGACUUUAACAGAAUGUGCUGGACCCUGUGCGCCCGUAAGAACCUCAACAGAACCCACCUCCUCAUCUCUGACGAAGACGCUUUCAAGAUCUGGUGCAUCUUCAACUUCCUAUCUGAAGAGAAAUACCCACUGGCCAUCGUCACUGAGGAGAUCGAGUACUUCCUGCGCAAGUUGACAGAGGCCAUGGGUGGCAGUUGGGUGGAGGAGCGCUUUGAGGACUACAAGCUAGAGCUGAGCAUCAAGCAGCAGAGUCUGAGUGCCUGGGAGCUCAUCACCUUGGUGGGCACGGGCACCUUCAGCAAGGCCGUGGACCCCCAGACCCUCUCCAUGGGCAUCACCGAGGUCUUCCACGAGCUCAUCCUUGACGUAUUCAAACAGGGCUACAUGAUGAAAAAGGGCCACAAGAGGAAAAACUGGACAGAGCGCUGGUUCCUCCUGAGGCCCAACUCCAUGUCCUACUACGUGAGCGAGGACCUGGCUGAGAAGAAGGGCGACAUCGUGCUGGAUGGAAACUGCUGUGUCGAGUCGUUACCGGAUAAGGAAGGAAAGAAGUGCCUGUUCUAUGUCAAAUGUUCUGACAAACGCUAUGAGAUCAACGCGUCGGAUAAGAAGAGGAAACAGGAAUGGAUUCAGGCCAUCCAGAUGUGUCUCAGUCUGCUGCAGUUGGGACGGACGGUGCCGCACCGCGAGUCCCUUCAGAAGCGGCGGGAUUUGAGGCAGAAACAGCAAGCGGAGCAGGAGGAGCUGGAGCUUAGGAUGAGAGAGCUGCAGACGGCCAACGAGAACAAGCAGCACCAACUGGAGGCCAUGAAGAAGGCCUGGUGCACCCCUGUAAACCCAGGGUUGGUUCUGUUUGGCCCCCUGCAAACCCAGGGUUGGGUUCUGUUUGUCCCUCUGUAA